AUGGACCGUUCAAACAAACCCUCUGCCAUCGGGCUGGGCAAGUCCCUUCCCCAACCCACCGUCUCAAUCCAAGACAACACCGUUGAAGCCUCCCUCCCCACCGGCGAAUCUGUCACAGUCCACCUUUACGGUGCCACCGUCACCUCGUGGAAAGCUAAUGGCCAGGAACAGCUGUUCCUCAGCCAAAAGGCUCACUUAGACGGCUCAAAGCCCAUUCGUGGAGGUAUUCCAGUUGUUUUCCCGGUCUUCGGCCCUCCCCCCAAGGACCAUGCCACCUCGGCCCUGCCCCAGCACGGCUUCGCCCGGAACUCAACCUGGGAGUACCUUGGCAAGUCAUCGUCGGAGUCCGCCGACAGUCAGGGUGAUAUGACCGUGAAGCUUGAUUUUGGCCUGUCCCACACCUUGCUGAGCGAGGAGUUCCGGAAAGCCUGGCCGUACGAGUUCGCGCUGGUCUACAGCGUGACACUGAAUAAGAACUCUCUGAUGACUGCGCUGGAGGUACGCAAUGAAGGCAAAGAGAACUUUGAUUUCCAGGUGCUGAUGCACACGUACCUGAGCGUUGAGGAUAUCUCCGCUGUUCGCGUCAAGAACCUUGAGUCUAAGACCUACAUCGACAAGACCCAGAAUGCUACUUCGCACACCGAGGCUUCCAAUGCGCUGGCUAUUACCGGGGAAACAGACCGAGUCUAUCAGGCGCUCGACCCGGCUGUUCCUAUCAUUGUCUCCUCCGCUGCGGAUGACAAGCCCCUGUUCUCGAUUACGCGCGAGGCGCUAACAGAUGUGGUGGUGUGGAACCCCUGGAUCGAGAAGGCCAAGGGCAUGGCCGACUUUGCGCCGGAUGAGGCGUACAAGAACAUGAUUUGUGUGGAGGCCGGAUCUGUCUCUGGAUGGCAGACCCUUGAGGCUGGGGACUCCUGGGAGGGUGCCCAGAACAUCAAGUCGCGUCUUUAA